AUGAAGGAAAUUACUCUUCCGUUAGAUGUUCAUUACAUUGAUCAACUUGUUGAAAUGUCGAGAUCAAAUGAUAUUGACCAAAUUAAUACAUCACAAAGAAUUCUUUCUAAGUUUGCUUCAAAUAAACAUUCAAUACAAUCAGUUAAUGAUAUAAUAAGUCAAUCGUCAUCAGAUUUGACACACCUUUUUGCACUUAAUAUCUUUGAAUCAACAAUUAAAUCUCCAGAAUACAUGUAUUAUCCAGAAGAACUUAAACAGAAAAUACAUUUAUCAAUUAAACAUUGGCACUCAUUAAUUGGAGUACAAACUAAUCCAUUGUUAUAUAAUAAAUUAAUUAAUCUCUAUGUCUCAUCUUCUAUAGUGUUAGAGGAUAAGUCUUCUAUAAAAACACUACUUCAAUAUGAUGAGUCUAUUGCAUUCAUAAAACUAAAGACUAUUAUUGAAUUCUUUGAUCAAUCAAUUAAUUUUUCAAACUCUGAUGCGUUGUUAUGUGUUCAGUACUCUGUAAGUCAUUUGUCUGAUUUAACUUUACUUGCUCUUAAAACAAUAGAAAAAACAAUUUCAUUUGUUAAUCCACAAACUAGUGGAGUUGUUGCAAUGAAUUGUUUAAAUUAUAUUCAACAAUACCAAGAAGAAUUAUUAGUAAUAUUAGCAGAAACAUUUCACAAUAUCAUUCAAAGUAACCCACAAUCUAAAGUUGAUAUUUUAAAUCAAUUUAUUAAUAAAAUUACAUUUUCUCUUAAACCAUCUAAUGAAUUAGCAUUAUGUCUUAAUGAAAUUCUUCCUGAAACAGAUCCACCUUCACAACUUUUUGAGCUAAUGAUGAAGUGUUCAUCAAGUAAAUAUUGUAUGAAAUAUUUGAGAAGAUAUUGUAAAGCCACUCCAAUGACUAUUCACUCUUAUCAUAUUCGUAUUCUCGAGAUUAUAUUAAAUGAAAUUCCUCAACCCCCAAACACAUUAUUUAUUAAUAAAGACGAUGGGUUUAUUGAAAACGUUGAAGCUGGUGGAGUUGACUAUGACCAGUUCAUUCGUACAUUAGUUGUACUAUGUGAAUCAGGAAUUACUGAAGAAUUAAUAGACCACCUAAUAUCAUCAUCUACUGCAGAUGGGUUAGAUGAAUUAAAAUUAAUCAAAACAAUUUGGGCAAUUAUUGGUAUUUCAGGAAAAGUUGUUUAUAAGACUGAAUCUAUUAUUUUUACACGGUCGUUGACGUUUUUAUUAACUCUUUUUGGAGAACAAACAGAAUCAAAUACACAAGAAUUAAUUGCACAACUAGUAAUGGCUUUAAUUUCAAAAUUUCCUCGAUUUCUUUGUCAUAAAAGUGAAAUUUUAGGAGUUGUUCUUCAUAAGAUAUUUGAAUUUGUAAAUGACCCACGGUUUGUUAUUGAACGUACUGCUGUUGGUACAUUAGUAAAAGUCUGUUAUUCAUGUUCAGAAGCAAUUAUAAAUAAUAUUAAAUGUAUUGAUGAAAUUUAUAAAGGAUGUACGUCAGGAGAAAAAUUACCAAACACUUUAAGAGGAGGAUUUUAUGAUGCACUUGGAGUUGUUUCACAGUCAUUUUCUCAAACAGAACAAAUGUAUUAUGAUUAUGUUGGAAUGAUUAUUGAAAAUAGUUUUGUUAAAUUUAAAGAAUCAAUCCCUUAUUUUAAUAAUGGAGUAACUCCAUAUGCAAUUCAAAUGAUUCUUCCUCAUUUAAUUUCAUUAACACAUUUUCUUGCUCAAUGUAAAAAUAUUGCAUUUCCAUUAUUUCCUCAAAUAGUAUUGUUAAUGAGAGAAUUAUAUUUAUUGAUUAUUAAAAGUGCUUCUGAAGAUACACAAAUUAUUGACUUAUGUAAACCAGCAUUAUCUCUUUUAUUAACGUUCUUUAGUAAGAAGGUUAUAUCAAAUGAUAUUAGAGUUAUCCUUAUUGAAGUAAUUUUCCCUUCAACAACAAAGAUUCCAGUAACACUAAUAACACCAAGUCUUCUUGAAUGUUGUUGUCAAUUGAUUGAGCUUAGAAAUAGUAAAAUUAUUAUUGAAACUAUCUUUAAAUAUGUUAUCGUUCCAAUUACUCUAAGCUCUUCAAUAGAACUUCAUGACUGUGUUUUUAGUUUCAUAAAGAAAGAAUUUAAUUCAUGUUCAGAUCACAUUGAUAUUAUUAAAGAUACUUUACUUAAUGCUGUUGUCCCUGUGUUAUUAGAAGGUCUUAAAAGAGAUAGUGAAGUAGCAUCUUUUGGAUUAGAGUCAAUAGCUUGCUGUAUUCCGCUUGGUGUAGAUACUAUAGAAUUUGUUUUUAAUUUAGUACUGAAAGGAAAAUCAUACAUUUCUUUAUUAAAGGUAUUGUUAAAUGGAAUUACUACUCCAGAGCAAUUAAUUCAACUCUCUUCUAAACUCUCAAAUUCUCUUCAUAUUCCUGUUGACAAAGCCACUGAACUAGUUCAAACAUUUCAUUCUCAUUCAAGAAACGCUUUAAUUCCUUUCACACAGACUGUUAUUUCUUUUCAAGUUGCUUAA